GAAUGAAAUCCCUAAAACAUUUGACGUGUCGAAUUGAUGUCGGAUCUUUGGAAUUGAUAAGUCAACUUACGGAGCUAAGAAAACUUCUGGUCGCCUUGGAAGGUGUCGUGGAUAAUAUCAUCAUCAUACAACUCUAUAAAAUAAUACAAGCUAAUCCGCAACUGGAAUGUAUGAUGAUAAAGAGAAUUAUUUUUCUUGAUGUUAGUUUUAUUCUUGAAGUGACUAAAAUACUGCACUCUGUUAGAGAUCUGAGUGUGCAAAAGCCGUUAAAAUUGUUAAUCGCAUUUAAACUAAAACCGGCCGAAUUACAACAAAUUGAUUCAAAGUACAUUGAAUUAAAUCAGACAAAUGGUGUUCUUUUAUAUUAAGACGAUGCUUUAUGGUGACAAUACGACAUCGAUAUUUCCUAAAUACAAAGUCUGCGAAGG